AUGAUCAUUUCCAAGCCCCACAGGCGCAUAAUUUACGAGUCUCUCUUCAAGGAGGGUGUCCUUGUCGCCAAGAAAGACUACAACGCCCCCAAGCACGAAGAGCUCGAUGUGCCUAACCUUGAGGUCAUCAAGGCCAUGCAGAGUCUGACAUCCAAGGGCCUCGUCAAGACGCAGUUCUCCUGGCAGUGGUACUACUACGCCCUCACCGCCGAGGGUGUCGACUACCUCCGUGAAUGGCUCAACCUGCCCGCUGAGAUCGUGCCCUCCACACACAAAAAGGCAGUUCGUCCCCCGCGUCCCGCGACCGUCCGUCCUGGCGGUGGCGAUGGUGCCUACCGCGCGCCCCGCGGCGACCGUGAUGACUACCGGAAGAAGGAGGAUGCACCGGGCGAGUUCAGGCCACGGUUCGCCGGUGUCGGGCGAGGGGGUCCCCGCGAGUAG